AUGUCGGCGCACUUUUCUGCCCUGACCCUUAGUGACCAUGACUACCCGUUCUCAGAAAAAGAGAGAAGUGAGUUGUGGGCACAUAUCGUGCGAUCAUACGACUGCGACAUCGUGCUCGAUCCUCAAUUCCACAUUAGGGCAUUGGAAGCGCAAAACAUCAAAUUCACGAAUUUUCAGAAAAACGCCGAGGCAGAGGCCGCCAACUGCGAUAAACUCAUUUCCCAGACACGAAGCAUUGUAGCUUCCUUGAAGGAGUUAACUGCUAAGUACGACAACGUGGCGCAGGAAACCCACCAGUUCCAGACAUCGGCACAGAAGUUGAUCGAUGACCACAACUCUUUGAUGCUGGUCUACAACGAAAUCAAGGCCAACUUGCUGCAAUUCGAAUCUCUCGAUGAGAUCACCAAGACGCUCAACAACCCCAACGGGGGGAACCUUGUGAAGAAGCGCUCCUUCAGAGACACGUUGCUCAAGCUUGACGAGUGCUUGCUGUUUGUGGAAGCGAAUCUGGACUACAAGGAGGUGGAGCUCUACCAGGUUCGUUUCCGACAGUGCAUGACAAGGGCGUUGACGAUCAUCCGAAGCUACAUUCUCCAGGAGUUCAAGGGCGUGGAGACGGAGAUCUCGCAGCGGAUCAAGGACAUCUCAGUGAAGGACAAGUCCUUAAACAACGUCACCAUUGACGCGUUUCUCUACACCAAGUUUGGCGAAAGAGCCACAUCGUAUGCCGAGUUGCUUGCCGAGAUCAGCAAGCGCGUCGAGAAGCACCCGGAGUACACGGGGUUGCUCCAGGAAUGCGUCGACCAGUACAUCCGCAUCCGCUUCAACCUUCUCCACCCCAUCAUGUGGGACCAUUUAGACCACUCUAUUGUGAAGCAGAAAACGCUCGUGCAGUUUGCCCAGGACAACAUUUCCUUCUUCACUACCUUGAUCAACAAAGAGUUUGACCUCUUUCUGAAGUUUUUCCUUGAAGAAGCUGUGCCAGGUCUGCUAGUGCUGCACGCCCACGAAAUCAACCUCUUUUCGCAGUGGGUCACUGCCAAAUUGUGCGAGCCGUUGUACGACACGUUGCGGAACAAGAUUAUCCGCGAAAGCAGCAUUAACAGUCUCUGCGAAAUGGCCACGUUGCUCCUGAAGUACUACGAGUUUGAAGAAGGCGUUGACAUGUACGAGUUCCUGCCGUCUCAAAGCGCCGAUAAAUUGGACUUUGGCGAGUUUUUCAAGCCGAUUUUGGAGGACGUCCAGUCGCGGUUAGUCUUCCGCGUCCAGUGGUUUGUUGACGAGAAGAUUCUCAAAUACAAGCCGAAGUUUGAGGACUUGAAAAUCGCUCGUUCAAACCUGAUUGCCGCUGGUGACGACGAAUCCCUAUUGCCCCCAGCCGAAGGAAAGGGCUUCAACGACUUAUACCCGCCGCUUUCUCAGUCGAUCCAGCUCUUGUCUCAGAUCUACCAGUUGGUCAACUCUUCGAUCUUUGACGACUUGGCGCACUACAUUGUCCAUUCAUGCAUGAUUGUUUUGAAAACGGGCGCCUACGAGCUUGCCUUGAAGACGUUGGGGCCUAUCGACUCCCAAUUGUACCUCAUGGCCAACUAUCUCAUCUUGCAGAAACUGAUUUCCCAGUUCGAAAUCGAGGUGAUUAGAACCGAAACGACCAUUGACUUUACCGGCUUUAGCAAUAUCAUGAACUACGUCACCAGACGUGGGUCAAGCACCAACACUAACGACAAAAACUUCCUAGAGCUUGCCAAGGACUCUGUUCCCAAGGUGGUCAAAAAUAUGAUUGAUGCUCGGAUGGAAUUGACCAUCGAGUUGCGAACCCUCGUGGACGAUUUCACCAAGACAUUCGUGGCAAACAAAAUCAUGUAUGCCAUUCAAGGCGAUGUUAACUUGGCCACUUCAGUGGAGCAAAUCCACAAGUUGAGAGACAACAUUGACAUCGAGUUGCCUAACUUGCGGAACGCGAUGGUUCUUUUUAUCCAUGACACCCAGGUCAUCGACUUUUUGGUGGACGGGAUCCAGGAGGCUAUCGUCUCGCAGUACGAAGUCUAUUACAAUGACUUGGUCCAUCUUUACUCGACCCCGGGGUCCAACCUCGAGCCACGUCCCAACUUAGAUGACGUGAUGGAAUUGGACACUUUGAUGGGCUUCUUGGGCGAAGUUGUCGGCAAGAUGUACCGCAGUCGGCAAUCCUCUCUAGCCACGGCAGACAUGUUGCCUGAUGACGAUAGUUUGUAUAAUGUCAGUGAUUAG